GGAAGUUUAGAUAAACAAUUUCCAGAUUAUCAUCGAUUGCUAUGCCUGAAUCUAAAUUAAUCAACGCCCAAUACCUUUCUUGGAUAUGCAUUGUUUAUUACUGUACCUCUCAGGUAGUGUUCCCUAGCUGUAUAAUUCACUCUUGCCAGAAUGCCUUCACGAAGACAAAUUCACCAGACCCCUCCCGAAACCUCUUCUUCCAGAGUCAUUCACCUGCCAGCCUCGGAUUUCCAUAACUGCUCUGCUCUCUGCUCAUAUAUCAACGAGAGAAUUCCCCAGUCAAAAGAAGACACGAAAUUCACGCUGACCGAGGUCAACUCCACCUGGGCAGACGAGAUGUUGAGAGUCCUAGGCGAAACACGACUACGAAUCCGCUUCGAGUUCGAUACAACUACACAGAUCCUACAACUGAGAAUAAUGAUAUCUGAAAUACACAAUGCCGCUCAACUGUGGUACCAGGCCGCAUGGAUGUAUUGGAUGGCCUCGGGUUUGACAACGCGUGAUGAAAGCAUGGAUAUCCGUGGCUUGGGAGUUGGUAUGGGUUCCUUGUCGGGUAGUGGAGUUGACAAAGCACCCUAUUUCAUGGUUCGACCACGGAGAAGUCGAAUUCCACGGGUUGUGUUUGAGUCUGGAUGGUCCGAGUCACUGGACGAUCUACAUAGUGAUAUUAAUAAGUGGCUGGUUGGUGGUGAUGGGGCCGUUCAGGUUGUUAUCCUUCUGAAAUGGAGCAAGGUUGAAUCGUCAAAUCGAGUUCGUGGCUCUGUUGAACUGUAUACACUGGCGAGGGAUGGGACUCCAAAAUUACAACAGAGAGAGCAAAUCUUCCCCAUCCCAGCCGAGCCAGAUACUCAACCCAUCAGACUGACCCGACGGAUGCUCUUUGGGUCCAAUAUCGCUCCCGGGAGGAAUCCCCAGGAUGCUUUCGCCCUCGAUGUGGCCGUUCUUCGCGCCGAUGCAGUGGACCUUUUGGAGAGGAUGAACCGUGUACCAGCUUAGAUUGAUUUGCCUGAUAUCCCUACACGAUUAUGAAGUGACCAGAAUUAGUAUUU